AUGGCUUCCACCACGGUUCCUAGCACAGCAACGGAGGUUCUGAGUUCCCCUCACGUCGUACCGACUGCUUUCAAGCAUCCUUUGGACCCAUUGACUCCUGACGAGAUAGCCGCUGUAUCACUGUCAGUCCGACACCACAUCGCGAGCAAGACAGACAUCAAGGCCGUCAAGUUUAUCACUACAUACCUUUUACCUCCCCCCAAGAAAGCAGUUCUUGCCUACCUUGGGAUUCCUUUGACUCCUGGCGGAAAGCCUGAGGCGCCUACCCCAAUUACUCGGAAAGCGGAGGUUGAUUUUCUCGAUGUCGUGAACGGUGAUGCCUAUAAUGUUAUCCUCGCUCUCGACGAUGGGAAAUGGGGUAUUGAGAGCAUCGAGAAGCUUCCAGAAGGUGCUCAGCCCCAGAUUUCUGUCCAAGAACUCGUUGCGUGCGAAAAGAUUGUGAAGAGCGAUGCCCGGGUGCAGCAAUUGGCGAAAGAAGUCGGUGUUCUUCCCGAACAGAUAGUCUGUGAUGGUUGGUCUAUCGGCUACGACGACCGUUUCCCACAGAAGCGCCGUGUCCAACAAGCGUUGCUAUUUGCUCGGCUUUCGGAGCAUGAGAAUCUAUACGCACAUCCCAUGGAUUUCAUUGCCGUCGUAGACGCGAAUGCUGAAGAGGUCCUACAUAUAGAUUUUCCUCCUCAUUACAAGAAUACUCCUAACGGCGCGGUACUCAGCGCUCCCAGCACCAAGUUCCCUGAACUCUCUGAAGACGCGUUUGCCGCGACGAGUCGACCGCGCAUUCCUCCUCCCCUCAAACCGUUUGACUUCCUUCCCGAUCUUAUGGAGAAGAGCGAGGAGAAUUUCAAGCCUAGAAAUGACAUCAAGCCUCUGCACAUUGUCCAACCUGAGGGUGUCAGCUUUAAACUUGAUGGUAAUGAAUUAGAGUGGCAGAACUGGAAGAUGCAUAUAUCCUUCACUCAUCGCGAGGGUAUAGCCCUUUCCACGAUCACUUACAACGACAACGGCGAAAUACGUCCAAUCAUAUACCGUCUGUCGCUGGCUGAAAUGGUUGUUCCUUACGGAGCCCCAGAAUACCCGCAUCCUCGGAAGUUCGCCUUUGAUUCAGGUGAAUAUGGAAUGGGAACAAUGGCCAAUGAGCUAUCCUUGGGGUGCGACUGUGUUGGACAAAUCCACUACUUGCCUGGUGCAUACGUCGGACAUGAUGGAAAUGCGGUCAUCGUCAAGAAUGCCAUCUGCAUCCAUGAAGAGGAUAAUGGUGUUCUCUGGAGGCACACCGAUUACCGCCCUGGUGGCCGUACACAAACGGUUCGCAGAAGACGUCUUGUUAUCAGCAUGGUCUGCACGCUGGCCAACUAUGAAUACAUUUGGAACUACCAUUUCUAUCAGGACGGUAGUAUCGAGCUCGAAGUUCGCCUGACUGGUAUCCUUCAAGUCUACGUCUCGGAGACUGACGAACCCGUCAAGUUCGGCACCAAAGUUGCGCCUAACGUCAAUGCCCAGUAUCACCAGCAUCUCUUCUCGAUCCGUGUGGACCCUAUGAUCGACGGUCUCAACAACUCUGUUGUCGAAUCCGACGUCAUCCCCCUCCCCAACGCCGGAACCGGCUCUGACCUCAACUUUGCUGGAAACGCGUUUAUUCAAGAGGAUACGGUGCUGAAGAAAGAGGCCGGAAGACUCUGGGAUUGGGAGAAGGAGCGGAAGUGGAAGAUUGUCAACCCCGCUAGGAAGCACUAUAGUAGCGGUAAGGAUGUCGGCUACGUUGUCGGGAUCAAGGGUGGUGUUACGCCGAUGAUGGCGAGGAAAGACAGUUGGGCGUUGAAGAGGGCGCAGUUCGUGAACUACCCUAUUUGGGUGUGCAGGGAUGUUGAGGGCGCGAAGGGGAGCAGGAUGUGGCCUGCUGGGAAGUAUGUCCCGCAGACCAGGGAGAGUCCCGAAGAUUCGAUCGGUACGUGGGUGAAGGGGGAGCAGAACAUUGAGAAUGAGGAUAUCUUGGUAUAUCUGACCGUCGGAACAACGCAUAUCCCUCGUCCGGAAGACUGGCCAGUGAUGCCUGUUGAACAUCUAAGCGUCACUCUCAAGCCUCAGUCGUUCUUUACUAUGAAUCCCAGCAUGGAUGUUCCGGGGACUAGAGAUCCGAAGAGUGUUGCCGCGUUCUCUCAAGGAUCUACACCCAAUGGGCACGCUGGGUGCCAUUGA